AGAAUGAAAAUAGUUUAGACGUCACAUUGUACAUUUGUACAUGUUUAGAUUUCAAAAAACGUCAGCUAGCUUGUAAACAUAUCUUCGCUGUGUUGGCUCAACUUAGUAUUGAUGAUAAUAGUAUAAAUGACAAUGAAUGUG